GAAGAAGACAUCAGUUGACGGCUUUGCACCACCCAGUGAAGUCCCAGCUCCACCGUUCCAUAGUUCCAGUAAUCUCGGAAGCAAAGACCAACAUGAAGCUCUUUAUUGGCUUCCUAAUUGCGAGCUUACUGCUUAUAAACUGCUCGAACGUCUUCUCGUUACGUAUCGUCCGAAGGACGUCCACCCCGGAAUGCCCCACCACCGAGCCACCGACCUGUGAGACUACCACCACAGAAUGCCCCACCACCGAACCGACCUGUGAGACUACCACCCCGGAAUGCCCCACCACCGAACCGCCGUGUGGUUGCACGGAGACGUCACCGCCCUGUGAGACUACCACCCCGGAAUGCCCCACCACCGAGCCACCGACCUGUGAGACUACCACCACAGAAUGCCCCACCACCGAACCGACCUGUGAGACGGAGACGUCACCGCCCUGUGAGACUACCACCCCGGAAUGCCCCACCACCGAGCCUACGACCUGUGAGACUACCACACCGGAAUGCCCCACCACUGAGCCGCCGUGUGGUUGCACGGAGACGUCACCUCCCUGUGAGACUACCACCACAGAAUGCCCCACCACCGAGCCACCGACCUGUGAGACUACCACCCCUGAAUGCCCCACCACUGAGCCACCGACCUGUGAGACUACCACCCCGGAAUGCCCCACCACUGAGCUACCGACCUGUGAGACUACCACCCCGGAAUGCCCGGAGACUUCACCUCCCUGUGAGACUACCACCACAGAAUGCCCCACCACCACCAGCACCACCCUGCGCUCCACAGAAUGCCCCACCACCGAGCCACCGUGUGGUUGCACGGGAACGACACCCAGCUCCACCACCCCGCGCACCACCCGUAAAACCACCACCACAGAAUGCCCCACCACCACCAGCACCACCCUGCGCACCACAGAAUGCCCCACCACCGAGCCACCGUGUGGUUGCACGGGAACGACACCCAGCUCCACCACCCCGCGCACCACCCGUAAGACCACCACCACCACACUGCGCACCACCCGUAAGACCACCACCACAGAAUGCCCCACCACCACCAGCACCACCAUGCGCACCACAGAAUGCCCCACCACCGAGCCACCGUGUGGUUGCACGGGAACGACACCCAGCUCCACCACCCCGCGCACCACCCGUAAGACCACCACCACAGAAUGCCCCACCACCACCAGCACCACCCUGCGCACCACAGAAUGCCCCACCACCGAGCCACCGUGUGGUUGCACGGGAACGACACCCAGCUCCACCACCCCGCGCACCACCCGUAAGACCACCACCACAGAAUGCCCCACCACCACCAGCACCCCGCGCACCACCCGUAAGACCACCACCACAGAAUGCCCCACCACCACCACCACCCUGCGCACCACCCGUAAGACCACCACCACCACAGAAUGCCCCACCACCACCAGCACCACCCUGCGCACCACAGAAUGCCCCACCACCGAGCCACCGUGUGGUUGCACGGGAACGACACCCAGCUCCACCACCCAGCGCACCACCCGUAAGACCACCACCACAGAAUGCCCCACCACCACCAGCACCACCCUGCGCACCACCCGUAAGACUACCACCACAGAAUGCCCCACCACCACCAGCACCACCCUGCGCACCACAGAAUGCCCCACCACCGAGCCACCGUGUGGUUGCACGGGAACGACACCCAGCACCACCUCCCCCACCACCAGCACCACCUCAGACUGCACCACCCCCAGCAUCACACCUACUACUGACGAGCCCUGCAGGACAACUAAAAGACGCAAAACCUCCACCAGAAAGUCCAAAACCACCACCGAAAAAUCAAAAACCACUUCCAAAAAACACAAAAAAUCCAAGACCACUUCCAGAAAACCCAAAACAACCAAAAAACACCUCAAAUCCAAAAACCCCACCAAAAAAUGCACAGCCACACCAAAGCCGCCCUGUUGGUUCCCCAUCCCAUUGCCCUGCUUCCUUACCCCAAGGCCCUGCCCCACCCCUAAGCCCAAGUGCGGCUGCGAAUAGUGCGGAUAGAUGAUGGAACCCACCUCGUCAACGGUAAUGAUCACUAGUUUCUUUUAUAUUUCUGUUUAAAUAAAUAUUAUUGAUGCAUAUCUACGAAAAA